GCACUUCCGGAAUCCUCUUCCGGAACAGGCCUGUGCCCCGGAAGCAGUUAUUUGUUGAGGGAAUUUGGACCUGCUUUCGAGGCUGCUGUCGCUAUGUUCCUGUCCGCGGUCACUUUUGCCAAGACCAAGUCAAAAACAAUUCUGGUGAAAAUGUUGAGCCAAGCUGGAACAGGUUUUUCCUUCAACACUAAGAGAAGCCGACUGCGGGAGAAACUGACUCUCUUGCAUUAUGAUCCAGUAGAAAAGGCAGAGUCACAGUCCAGAGUGAUCUUGAAAGAACUCCCAUGCAAUAACAGAGAUGGCCGCGGUGAGCAGGAAUGGCCUACCCAAGAACCAUCUUCAUGCAAUGGAAACCACUUAGGAGACCUACAGUACAGUCCUGGCAGCUCUGCUCCUGAGGACACUAUUGCAGCAUCCUAGGAAGAUGGGCAAGGAGUAGACUACCAGCUCACUGCCAUGUCAUCACACUGAUGUCCAGGACACUGAAGGAGUGGGAAGAAGAGGAGCUUAAGCGUAGGAAGCUCAGAAGUCUUAACUGUAGAUGGGUAAGCAAUCUCCCACAACCUCAUACCAUCCCUUCUUACUGGGAGAGGGACUGUUUCCUGUGCCUUCUAGGCCUACAGAACAUUCUAAAUCUAGAUUUUGCUCUCCUGACGUUUGCUAAGGUUUUUUUUUUGGCUGCGUUGGGUCUUUGUUGCUGCGCGUGAACUUCCUCUAGUUGCAGCAAGCGGGGGCUACUCUUAAUUGCAGUGUGUGGGCUUCUCAUUGCAGUGCCUUCUCUUGCCAUGGAGCACGGGCUCUAGGCACACGGGCUCAGUAGUUGUGGCUCGUGGGCUCUAGAGUGCAGGCUCAGUAGUUGUGGCACACGAACAUAGCUGCUCCACAGCAUGUGGGAAUCUUCCUGGAGCAGGGCUCGAACCUGAGUCCCCUGCAUUGGCAGGCGGAUUCUUUACUGCGCCACCAGGGAGGUCUCUAGCUAAGGUUUUAACAGUUGUUUUUUCCUCUCCAUCCUCCCUCCACCCACACGCCCCCCUUCUCCCCUCCCAUUGCUCUUCUUUUGGUCUCUGGCCAUUAUGAGUUCUGAAGCAGGGCCAGGUCCCCUUGGGAGCCCCUAAUAUGCCCGGCACUAGGCAGAUAUACAUGCAAGUCCAGUUCUGGCCAUGGGACAGUACUUUAGGAAAACGGAAAAAAAAACAGUCUUGUAUCUGGCCCUGCUUCAGUUCCUCAAAGUGAAGAUGACAUUUCUGGUAAGCAGUUACAAUUAGAUUUUUAGAGCCCUGGGUUUUCAAAUAAUCACAUGCAGGAUUAAGAAAGAUAAUUUAAAAUGUUUAAUUCUGCCUGAUUAGCUGGUAAUUGAGGUGAUCUGCUGAUGUGGAAGUAAUGUAAUAGAGUUAAUAUGCCCCCCGGCAUGACAGAUGUCUUGUGCCUUGUCGAUCAGUCUCUUUAGCAAUUACCUUGUCCUCUGUCCUUUUUUUUUUUUUUUUAUUUUGAUAGUCAGUGAACUUCUUUUUGUCAUCGUCAUCCUUUCUGGCAGCCAGAGUCAGCAGACCUUGCACAGACAUCAUGCCCAUUUAUUGGUAUCAUUCCUAAGUUUUAGAUGGCUAUUUCAGGGCUUCCCUGGUGGUGCAGUGGUUAAGAAUCCGCCUGCCAAUGCAGGGGACACGGGUUCGAGCCCUGGUCCGGGAAGAUCCCACAUGCCGCGGAGCAACUAAGCCCGUGCGCCACAACUACUGAGCCUGCGCUCUAGAGCCCACGAGCCACAACUACUGAGCCCGCGUGCCACAACUACUGAAGCCUGUGCACCUAGAGCCUGUGCUCGGCAACAAGAGAAGCCACUGCAAUGAGAAGCCCAUGCACUGCAAUAAAGAGUACCCCUGCUCGCCACAACUAGAGAAAGCCCAUGUGCAGCAACGAAGACCCAAUGCAGCCAAAAAAAAAAAAAAAAAAGACGGCUAUUUCAGAGCCUCAUUUGGAUAUGGAUUUUCUUUAUUCUAUGAUGCCAAUUUCAGAGGUGUCAUUUACCCUCUGUAAGUUUUCUUUUCUUUUUUUUCUGGCCUCGCCUUUCUAUGACUCCAGGGAAAACAAUCCUAGGAUAUGUUUUAAAAUGGGAAACUGGGUAAAAGUGCCUAUGUGACCCUUUGUAAUCCAAAGCUUCCUCCCCCAAUCCUGCUCUGUCCCUAGGCAGUCACUGGCUUGCUUCUGUUCAUUAUAGAUAAAUUUGUGUUUCCUAGACUUUUAUAUAAAUGGAAUCAUGAUAUACGUACUCUUUAUUGUCUGGCUUCUUCUGCUCGGUGUAAUUAUUUUGAAUUCAUCUAUUUUAUUGCUGUAUAAAUAGUUAAUUCCUUUUUAUUGUUGAGUAGUGUUCCAUUGUACGGACAUAGCACAAUUGUUUUAUCCAUUCACUUGGAUGGACAUUUAGGUUAUUUUUUGUUUUACAAAUUAACUAUUUGUAAAUAUUACAAAUAAAAAUA